AUGGCCCUCCCAAAGCGAAUAAUCAAGGCGCAUCCUGCACCGGGCAUCUCUGCGGUCCCUCACGAGGAUAACCUACGUUACUUUGAUGUCAAGAUUGACGGUCCAAGCGGUAGUCCUUUCGAAGGUGGACAGUUUUCUCUUGAACUCUUUUUGCCCGAAGAAUAUCCUAUGAGCCCUCCAAAGGUCCGCUUUCUCACCAAGAUUUACCAUCCAAACAUCGACAAGCUCGGUCGGAUAUGUUUAGAUAUUCUAAAGGACAAAUGGUCUCCCGCAUUGCAGAUUCGGACAGUGUUGCUUUCUAUCCAGGCAUUGCUCUCUGCUCCCAAUCCUGACGAUCCACUGGCUACCGAUGUGGCCAAGCAUUACAAGCAGGACGAGCGUGACGCACAGCGUGUGAGCAAGGAAUGGACCGAGAAGUAUGCCAAGUAA